AUGGCAGACCUGGAGCCCAACUGGCGAGUCCGCUUUCUGGCGGGCCAGCCUCCCGCCGUGGUGCGGGUGCGCAAUCUUCAGACGUCCAUCGCGGGACCGUCCGACGCCUGGAACAGGAAAGGAAGGCCGCAGCCGCUGUGCGUGUCGGCCUCCGUCAUGCUCAAGGAGGCCUUCGACACAUCGUCCUCCGCCGACAGAGUCGAGUCCGACACCGUCCACUACGGACUCCUCAGCAAGGCGAUACUGGCCUCGCUCGAGUCACAGCAGCAGCAGCAUCUGGAUGCACAGAAACUCGCCAGCGCGGCUGGCACAAGUCAGUCCUCAAGUCUGCGGGACGUCGUCAACACAAUCUGGAACGAUCUCACCGGCCAGGACGGCAACGGGAGGUCCAAGGUCACAGAGGAGGAGCCGGAGACCAAUGCCUCGUUUUUGAAGCCGUCGACGAUCCGAUGUCUCGAGCUCACAGUCCAUCUUCCCAAGGCCUCUCUGCUCGGAGGCGGCGUUAGCCUCACCAGAAUAGCACUCUUUGGACGCGACGGCGAGUCACGGCCUCAGCCCAGGGGCAUGAGCCUCAAGAUCCACGACCUCAGAGUUCCCACUCUCAUCGGCGUCAACGACAACGAGAGAAAGGCCAAGCAGGUCGUCGUUGCGACCAUUGAGAUCGACAAGUUCAACAUCGACGAGGAUGUCUUCACAAUGAUUGAGGCGGAGGCAGUCGAGGUCAUGAGCAAAUCCACAUUCGAGACACUUGAGGCGUUGGCCAACACUCUGGCCUUCCGCCUCGCCAGCUAUCUGCACUCGUCUCAGGCUGGUUCCAUGAUUAGAAAGGGCUGGCCCAUCAAGAUUGCGCUGGAGAAGCCCAUCGCUGUCGUUCUCGCCGACGCGGCCUGCGUGCAGCUGAGCGUAAAUUCGUCCGAAGUGCUUGGCGGAAUCCAGUGA